AUGCCUAGAGUCGUUCCACAAGUGGCUGAUGCCAUGAAGAGUGGGAGCAGAUCGCUCGCCACUGCCGCGAAGAAGUUCCAAGUGACGACGAAGCAUUCUGAGAAGCUUCUCAAGCUUAACCAGGCUUCCAUAGAUAAAGGUGAGGCCCACUUCAGAGUUGGUGAGAAUAAGCAGUAUUUCCCUACUGCCAGAGUGAUCUUGCUGCGUCCUAACGCGAAACACACACCUUAUCAGGCCAAGUUCAUCGUACCAAAGGGUUUCAACAGAUUUGACCUCAGGGACUACCUAUACCAUGUCUAUGGCUUGAGGGCUUUCAACAUCACCACACAGCUGCUCCAUGCACCAUACACAAGAACAGGUAAUGCGGUGGCACGUUAUAGAACGGGUCAAAUCAAGAAGAUGACCAUCGAUAUGCUUGAACCAUUUGUCUGGCCAGAGGAGCCGGAGAACAAAGACGCAUGGAACGUUGACUUCUUCAAGGAGUUGGAGAAGUACUCGGAACAGAAGCAGGCAUUUGGAUCUGAUAAACUGAAACAAGGGACCGCAUUUGGAGGUAUCCUUGGUCCUUACAAGCACAAACCAGAACCUUUCAUUCCAAAGAAGCUGAAGAGCCAAUUGCUCAACGAGAAGAACAAGGCUAGAAUGAAGGCUGAUAGAGCUGAUGAGGUUGACCUUGUGACCAAGUACUUGGGAUUAUAA